UUCCUUUUUUAUUUUUUUUUACUUUUGGUGGUGACUGCGUUUCCUUCCGCUCCCCCUCCCUUUCCCAAACGCAAUCUCUCCGGCUAAAUGAGGAAGGAGAGGUCCUCUGCGUUAUUAUUAUUAUUAUUUUUAAAUAAGAAGCAAGGGCAGUAGGGAAACUGGAUUUUUAGUGCCUUUACUUGCAACUUCUUAAUAUCCUUUUAUGUUUCUGUUCUUAGGUUUCUUUUUCUGUGACAUCUUUGAGGCUUUAUGCAGAAAGUUUUAGGAUUAGUUUUGGGGGGGAGGAAGGCAGGUCCUCAGUUGUAUUUUGUGUGUGUGUGCGCGCGGUGUCUUGUUAGAAAUAACAAAGAGGCAAAUGCAGUAGUUUUUUCUGUUUUUAAAACAUUAGACAGAAAAGCUACUUUGCCCCCCCCCCUUAUCUACACUUUUAAAAAAAUAAAUGCUGAGCUGGGCUGGAUAGCUUUUUUCCAUUUUAUUCCCUUUUUUAAAAAAGGAAAAGACACUUUAUUCCCAGCAUUACACUUGUGUGAUGAAAUUUUGAACAUUCCUAAUUCCCUAUUAUUAGAAACCUAACAUUCUGCAAUUCUGACUAAUACCUUUUUCUUUCCCUUGUUGCCUCUCCCCAUGGCCAAUACCCUUUCCCCUCAUAGGAAAAAUAGAAUUUUGGGAAAGAGGUAUCCUUGCAUUUCCUUAAUUUUUUUUAAAAGGACUUAGACAACAUCAGUCUUGAGCUGUUUCUUCUUCAAGAGAUCGGGCUGCAAAGGAAAACUCCUUUGUUUCUCUUAUUUAUAUGCUGUCAAGUUUUGAAGUGGUGAUCUUUAGAGGCGGGACUGAGUAUGGAUCAUUUGAACGAGACAACUCAGGGGAAAGAACAUUCAGAAAUGUCUAACAAUGUAAGCGAUCCGAAGGGUCCACCAGCCAAAAUUUCCCGCUUGGAGCAGAAUGGGAGCCCAUUAGGAAGAGGAAGACUUGGAAGUACGGGAGCUAAAAUGCAAGGAGUGCCUUUAAAACACUCUGGACAUCUGAUGAAAACACAUGCUAGAAAAGGAACCAUGCUUCCAGUUUUUUGUGUAGUGGAACAUUAUGAAAACUCCAUUGAGUACGAUUGUAAGGAGGAGCAUGCAGAAUUUGUUUUGGUAAGAAAGGAUAUGCUGUUCAACCAGCUGAUUGAAAUGGCAUUGCUAUCCCUUGGAUAUUCUCAUAGCUCUGCUGCCCAAGCAAAAGGACUAAUUCAAGUUGGGAAAUGGAAUCCAGUUCCUCUCUCCUAUGUGACAGAUGCCCCUGAUGCUACAGUAGCUGAUAUGCUGCAAGAUGUAUAUCAUGUGGUCACACUGAAAAUCCAAUUGCACAGUUGCCCUAAACUAGAAGACUUGCCUCCUGAACAGUGGUCUCACACAACGGUACGAAAUGCUCUGAAGGACUUACUGAAGGAUAUGAACCAGAGUUCAUUGGCCAAGGAAUGUCCCCUUUCGCAGAGUAUGAUUUCUUCCAUUGUGAACAGCACUUACUAUGCAAAUGUCUCAGCAGCAAAAUGUCAGGAAUUUGGGAGGUGGUAUAAACAUUUCAAGAAGGCGAAAGAUAUGAUGGCUGAAAUGGAUAGCCUUUCAGAGCUAUCUCAACAAGGUGCCAACCACGUCAACUUUGGUCACCAGCCAGUCCCAGGGAACACAGCUGAACAGCCUCCAUCCCCUGUUCAGCUUUCUCAUAGCAGUCAACCAUCUGUUCGGACCCCACUUCCAAACCUGCACCCUGGACUUGUAUCUACUCCCAUCAGUCCUCAGUUGGUGAAUCAACAGCUGGUCAUGGCCCAGUUACUGAACCAGCAGUAUGCAGUGAAUAGACUUCUAGCCCAACAGUCCUUAAAUCAACAGUACUUGAACCAUCCUCCUCCUGUCAGCAGAUCUAUGAACAAGCCGCUGGAGCAGCAGGUCUCAACCAACACAGAGGUGUCUUCCGAAAUCUACCAGUGGGUGCGUGAUGAAUUGAAACGAGCAGGAAUCUCGCAGGCAGUUUUUGCACGUGUGGCAUUUAACAGAACUCAGGGCUUGCUCUCAGAAAUCCUGCGAAAGGAAGAGGACCCCAAGACCGCUUCACAGUCCUUACUGGUAAACCUUCGGGCUAUGCAGAAUUUCUUGCAGCUGCCAGAAGCAGAAAGAGACCGAAUAUACCAAGAUGAAAGGGAAAGGAGUCUGAAUGCAGCUUCUGCUAUGGGCCCCACACCUCUUAUAAGCACACCGCCCAGCCGACCUCCACAAGUAAAACCAGCUGCUAUUGCAACAGAAAGGAAUGGAAAACCAGAAAACAAUACUAUGAACAUUAAUGCUUCCAUUUAUGAUGAGAUUCAGCAGGAAAUGAAGAGAGCUAAAGUGUCUCAAGCAUUAUUUGCAAAAGUUGCAGCUACUAAAAGCCAGGGAUGGCUCUGUGAACUCUUACGUUGGAAAGAAGAUCCUUCACCUGAGAACAGAACCCUGUGGGAAAAUCUGUCAAUGAUCCGGAGGUUCCUCAGUCUUCCUCAGCCUGAACGAGAUGCCAUUUACGAACAAGAAAGCAAUGCAGUUCAUCACCAUGGCGACCGGCCUUCCCACAUUAUCCACGUUCCAGCAGAACAGAUUCAGAGCCCCUCUCCCACCACCCUUGGGAAAGGAGAGCAUAGAGGCGCUUUCUUACCUGGCCUGCUGACCACUGGACCUUGGCUGGGUGCUGCUCCCCAGCAGCAGCAGCAACAGCAGCAGCAACAACAGCAGCAGCAGCAGCAGCCACCACCACCACCAGGUCCUAGAUUACCCCCAAGGCAGCCAACAGUAGCAUCACCAGCUGAAUCAGAGGAGGAAAAUCGUCAGAAGACCCGUCCACGAACAAAAAUUUCUGUAGAAGCCCUGGGCAUUCUACAGAGUUUUAUACAAGAUGUAGGCCUAUAUCCAGAUGAAGAAGCAAUCCAGACUCUUUCCGCUCAACUUGACCUACCCAAGUAUACUAUUAUCAAGUUUUUUCAGAACCAGCGAUAUUAUGUUAAGCACCAUGGAAAGCUGAAAGACAACUCAGGCUUGGAGGUAGAUGUUGCAGAAUAUAAAGAAGAAGAGCUGCUUCAGGAUUUGGAAGAGAGUGUCCAAGACAAAAAUACGAACACAAUUUUUUCAGUUAAAUUAGAAGAAGAGUUAUCAGUAGAAGGGAACACUGACAUUAAUACUGAAUUGAAAGACUGAUCAAAAAAGUAUUCAACAGUGUCACUGCUAUUUCCUAAUGAAAUGAAAAUUCCAUCCUGUGUUCUGUCGGCAACCUCCUUAUUCAUUGUUUGGCCAAUGAAUCUUCCAAAACUUGCACAAAAGUUGAGAAAAUUAAAGGAUAAUGCAGACUGCACUAGAUAUUUUACAAACUGCUUCAGAGCUACUGAUGAAGCAUUGAGGAUUGUUUCAUUGUUAAUUUGUGUUCACGGGGUACACUGAGAUGUAUCCCAAAAGCAUGAGAUCAGUGGAUUUUUUUUUUAAAUUCUAGAGCUUUCAGACAAGCAUUACUUUUGAGAUUUAUUGUUUUUGUUUUAGGUUUCUUUUCUCAGUUUUUACUGUAACACUCCACACUUGAUAUUUGAAAGCUCACAUUUAUUUAAAUAAAAGAAAAAGAAGAGUUUGUUACUCUUGCUCUAUUGUAUGUUACAAAAGAACUAUAGACUGUGGGAUGCAGUUUAAAGUUAACAUAUGCCAACAAAUGCCUUGUAUUAUAUGGCACUGCCGUAACUCAGAUUUGUUUUCUUUUCAGAAAAAAAGAGGUCACUGUAUCUUUUUCAUUAUCAUUCUCAUUGUUACAUGAUUUUUUGAAAACAAAAUGUGAAACACGGUUUAUCCCAUUAUUUAUUUGUAGAUCCUACAGCAUCAUGUUGUAAUUAAUUUUUAGAAGUUUCCGUUAAAUGUAAUAUUGCUUCUAUUGUUACCAUAUUGAUUUUUUUUCUAUUUAUAAAUGUAUUUUGAUGGGCAGUAAAACAAAGUGUCUUAAAAGUUUUAAAUAGAGAAAAUGUGCUUUACACAGUUGCCUAUAAAAAGUGCUCUAUGUUAUCCAAGCAAUUCAUACUAUAAGCUUCACUCUUAUUGUUGUAUGCAAUUUUUACUAUCAUGCAAAUAAGCUUAGGUAAAUAAAACUAAUAGAUCACCUUAGAAACUUAUGCAAUUAAUGUGAAAAUAAUUGAUGUUUGCAAUGUGUCUUCCUUUGGUUUACAAUCAAUUUUAAAGCUACAGCUGUAUAAAUUUUCUGUAUAAAGGUGUAUUUCUUUUUUAUGAGUUUAUUGCUAUGAAAACACCAGUUAUUUUGUUACAGCUGGCUGUUUUUAUAAGUGUAUCACAAUUUUCUUUAUGCAGAAAUGUUCUGACUAGGAGUGGUUAUUGACUGUAACUACACAAUU